AUGAAUGGCAAUAGCGAUGGUGCCGUUGAGGGUUUUAAUGACAGGGCUCUCACUUUUCCCCCAUUAAUGAAUGGCAAUAGCGAUGGUGCCGUUGAGGGUUUAAAUGACAGGGCUCUCACUUUUCCCCCAUUAAUGAAUGGCAAUAGCGAUGGUGCCGUUGAGGGUUAUAAUGACAGGGCUCUCACUUUUCCCCCAUUAAUGAAUGGCAAUAGCGAUUGUGUCGUUGAGGGUUAUAAUGACAGGGCUCUCACUUUUCCCCCAUUAAUGAAUGGCAAUAGCGAUGGUGCCGUUGAGGGUUAUAAUGACAGGGCUCUCACUUUUACCCCAUUAAUGAAUAGCAAUAGCGAUGGUGCCGUUGAGGGUUAUAAUGACAGGGCUCUCACUUUUCCCCCAUUAAUGAAUGGCAAUAGCGAUGGUGCCGUUGAGGGUUAUAAUGACAGGGCUCUCACUUUUCCCCCAUUAAUGAAUGGCAAUAGCGAUGGUGCCGUUGAGGGUUAUAAUGACAGGGCUCUCACUUUUCCCCCAUUAAUGAAUGGCAAUAGCGAUGGUGCCGUUGAAGGUUAUAAUGACAGGGCUCUCACUGUUCCCCCAUUAAUGAAUGGCAAUAGCGAUGGUCCAUUGUUUUUUUACAAAUUCUCGUCUCUGCAUUCUUUUCAGACUACGUCGCUUGUUGGUGUGCUCCUUCUAUUGUUGGCAAAUGAAUACACAGGUGUAUGUGAAGCCGCAGAUGUGUCGGCCACUGUCUGCACUGUAGCUGGGACAGAGUGUAGCGCAAUCACAAACUCCUUCUGCGACGAUGUGAGCCUGAAAUGCAAAUGUGUGGCUUAUGCAACUGAGUCAGGUGCUACGUGUACAAUCACGGCCUGCGCCGAUGUCGGUACCUGCACCGCGUUAGACACCAACUCAGAGUGUUCUGGGUCGACCAUAGGAACUGACAAAUGCCGAUGCAAGACAACGCAUCUGAUGGGAAACGAAGGAAAAUGUUCAAAAAAAUGUUCUCAAGCAUCUGAUUGUACCGGUGACGAUGCCAACUCGGAAUGUUCAGGAACCACCGCGGGCACUGACAAAUGCAGGUGCAAGACAGGAUAUAGCCUUGGAAGCGCUGGAACUUGUGUCUUGGAUGUUACCUCCACAGUGUGCACCGCCACUGGUACCGAAUGUAGCUCAAUCACCAACUCCCGGUGUGACACAACAGCAUUGAAGUGUAAAUGUGGAGAUGUAUUCAUGAUGACUGCUAAUACGUGCAAAGGCACUACCUGCACCGCCGCAAAUACAUGCACCGCUUUAGACGCAAACUCGGAAUGUACUUCAAGCAAAUGCCAGUGCAAAACAACCCAUCUGAUGGGUUAUGACGGAAAAUGUGCUCUAAAAUGUAGCGCUGACGCUACAUGUACCGCUAACGAUGCCAACUCGAAAUGCGCCACUGACAAAUGCAAAUGCAACACUGGGUACACAAUGGGGAUUGAUGGCAAAUGCGCUUCCGGUAAUUCCGGUGCUGCUGCUCUGCUGGUCUCCAUGACAAUGCUGUUUGCCUGCUUCAUGGCAAGACUUCUAUAAACGUGUUUCUAAACAACAAAAAUGCAUCUUGUUUCUUAAUUAAGUACACAACAUUUAGGACAUAUAAGCUUUUAUUGUAAUCUUCGACCAUAAAUAUCGGUGUAUUUUAAUGACUUUAAAUCGACUGUAUAAAUCAUAAUCAAUUUAGAUAAAACGUUAUCGCUUAUUUUCCAGCAGUUAUCCCACACAGGAUUUUGUUUUUAUGUGUGAUUUUUUAACAUAUUCGUAAUCCAAGUUCAGUUAUUACUGGAUUUGUUGAUUGCAUUGUGUUCUACUUGUUCAUUGACCCUGUUUGGACUGAAAACGUACGCUUUAAAAAAAUGUUAACCAUCCUAAUCAUAGGUAACUUCUUUUAGUGUGCAUAUCUCAAAAUCAUGUUCAUGUGUGAUUUUAAAUAGCCAUAUUUCGCAAAUGAUAUGUUUAACAGACAAGAUGCAAGAAGAAAGUAUGUCCGUUAUAUAACGUCUUCUUAAAAAAAGACUAUAACAUUAAUGUGUAAAUAUUGCUUGUAUGAUCACAUGAACUUAAUAUGGAUAAAUAUUACUAGUUUUUAUACUAUAAAAUACGAUGAAGAAUAAUGCCCAUGAGACCAUGAUAUGCACUAAAAAAUUAAUUAGCAGGGUUUGUGAAUCUAUGUGUUGAUUUCCUAGAUGUGUUUUUGAAAUAAAUUGAACGUGAAA